GCCAGUAUCUCAGGAGCGCUCGCCGGUCGCUCUAGUGACCACUCACGCAUACAUAAAAUUACCGUGUCACAGUUACCCUCGAACAUGGGUCACCUGGCUUCCUUCCUCACGACGCUGUGGCUGACUUCGGCGGCUGCACAACUCGGCUUCAUCAAAGACUUAGCCAAAGACGUAACCCAGGGAGCGAAGAAUGAGGUGCAAGCCAUUGCGGACCCCCUCGGGAAGACCAUCGCCUUCAUCGGAUCUAGCCAAUGUUCGAACGUGCAGAAGCUGAUCGGAGUAACAUAUAACAACUACGCGGACUCCGGACCAGAUCUAAGCCAGCUCACUCUGGUUUUCAUUACCAGGGCUAAAACUGUCAUCUACAAUUUAACCCUAGCUCCCGAAGAAAUCCCCCUGGAGCGGUGGUUCAACCCUGAGCUACCGUUCAGGAUCUUCCUGCACGGCUUCACGGAUGACCCUUCCAAGUCCAGCUACCAGACCAUCAGCAAGGCCUUCCUUGAAGAAAAUGACGUGAACAUCUUGGCUCUGGACGCCAGCUCGCUGAUCCGCUGGUUCUACCUGCGGUCUACCGUCAUGGUGCGGUUCAUUGGAGAGAGGCUCGGCUCCGUACUGUCCGCGUUAGUACCUGCUGGUCUGGACCCCUCAAAGAUCCACCUGAUAGGUCACAGUCUGGGCAGUCACAUCGCAGGAUUUACCGGCAAGUCGUUCUACAACCAGACCGGGUACCGUGUUGGCAGGAUAUCCUCGCUUGAUCCUGCUGGACCCUGCUUUUCGAACCUGCCGAUAGACCUGAGGCUGUCCAAGGAAGACGCGGACUUUGUGGACGUUAUACAUACUGAUGCUGGUGUAUAUGGACUAAAUGAGGCGAUUGGUCACGUAGAUUUCUACCCGAACAGUGGCUCCGAACAGCCGAACUGUCUCUUCCAAACAUGCAGCCACAGCCGAGCGUGGCAGCUGUACACCGAGUCUGUGCUGAUACCGGAAGCCUUCAUCGGGGCGCAGUGCUCCAGCUGGAAGCAGUUCAUGAAAGGAAGCUGCAAUUAUAAUGACACCAGCAUAAUGGGUUACUACUGCCCCACGGACUCCCGCGGCAAGUACGACCUCCAGACAUCGAACGAGUCUCCGUACGGCCGCGGAGAAGCAGGACUCACAUACGUCAACAACGCCGGCAUCGUCAGGAACAUCAAAUACAUAGUCACCGGGAAAUAACUUGGCUUAAUAUCAUCUAGACUAGAUCUUACCAUGACUGAUUUUUAUGAAUAAUUAUUUCAAAUGAAUUUGUACUUUAUUCCAAGAGUUGUAGUGUUGUUAAUUGCAAAGAACAGGUUACAGAUAGAUCUUAGAUACAUUGAUAGUGUCUUAGAUACAUUGAUUAGUUUUUUUGUAAUUUAUUUACCAAAGUCACAACUGCGUGUUGCAUCAAUAAAAUGUACUAUAAUGCAUUUGAA